AUGUCCGGUGAUUCCGGGGAAGGAUCAUCACAGUCUCAGCCAUCGCAAUUCGAAUGGGAGUUAUGUCGUGAAAAUGUGAAGCCGUUGAAAACAGGACGUCGAAUUGAUGCGAUCAAUGAGGCACUUGCUCACACUACUUAUGGCUCGAAAGCAGAAACUUUAGCAAAUCAGAAGUUCAAUGAGAUGAUGGGAAAAUGUGAAACGGCCGAUGAUCCUUUAAAAUUCUGUCUUGAAUUCUGUAAAUGGUUCGAGCAGACAUUCCCUCACGGCCGUCAACGAUUAUUUUAUUCAUUGCUAUGGAAAGUUGUACACAAAUAUGCAAAAUGUCCAGAAUAUCUUGAUGAUGAAAGAAUGCUGCGAAUUUGGGAAAAUUUAGCAGAUAAUAGUCUUGGUCAUGGUUGGGAAAUCUAUCAACAUGCAAACACCAUAGGAUCUUUGCUUAGGUUAGCUAUCGUCUAA